ACGUUAUUAUCCGGGCAGUUAACAAACAUGGCGGACAGUGGCAAUGUAGCUUCUGUGUACUUUGCUGUUAGUAACAUUCCUGUCGCUUUUCGCUCUGCUGACCUGAGGAACUAUUUCAGUCAGUUCAUUGAGAGCGGCGGUUUCCAUUGUUUCCACUAUCGGCAUCGACCGGAGGUUCUCAGAGAGCUCCCCGAUAACACAGCUGUUGCUAACGCUGCUAAUGCUGCUAAUGAUGCCGCUACUGCUAGCGACAUGGGUAGCUCCAGCUGCUCAGCAGAGACCGAGCAGCUCUCAGAGAACGACGGGGUGAAGAGGCACGGGCAGGCGGUGAGGUCAUGUUGUUGUGUCGUCUCAGUUCACGGUAAAGAGGCAGAUCGGUUCGUCAGAAUGUAUGCGGGGAAUCAUUGGAUCGACUCGAAGGGAAACUGGCUGGCCAAACGUUGUGUGAUCAAACGAGUCAAAGUCACACACGAGGAAGAUAAUGGAUCAUUCCCCUAUAAAACAAAGUACGAGCAGCGGCAUCAUAUUUCAUUAACGGAGCGUUUCACAGAGGCUGACCUCAAUCGCUUGCCUGAGAUGAAUCCACCUUCCCUUAUGCAGAGCGGCAAUGUGGGCACAUCAGUUAAAGUCUUCCUUCAGCUCAUCCAGUCUUGUCGACUGCCCCCACGCCUCAUCCGCAAGUUGGGCCUCACUUUCCCCAAGACUGGCUCCAACCGGCGUUACGGCAACGUACCGUUCAAAUAUCGGGACACUUGCACACUGUCGGCCACAGAGGAGACUGUAUUAACAGCUGCUGGGCAUGAAAUAUCAGGACCAGCCACUUCAGCUGCUUUACCCUCGAGACAUUUGGCUGAUACCACAGAAACCACAGAGACUGAUGAGCUGCAGGAAGAGGAGAAGGAGGAGGAGGAUGCAGAGUCAAAUGCAGAUGAUGAUGAUGACCGCUGUGAGGAGUGGGAACGCCAUGAGGCUUUACAUGACGAUGUAACGAGCCAGGAGAGAAGCAAAGAGAGGCUGUAUGAAGAGAAGAUUGAGCUGAAGUGGGAAAAGGGCGGCUCAGGCCUGGUGUUCUACACUGAUGCCCAGUACUGGCAGGAAGAAGAAGGAGACUUUGAUGAACAAACAGCAGAUGACUGGGAUGUCGACAUGAGCGUUUACUAUGAUAAAGAUGGAGGUGACAUGGAUGCCCGUGACUAUGUCCAAAUGCGAUACGAAACAAGGCUGAGGGAGGGUCUCAAAGAUGCUUCUGGCUCCAGUCAUCCUAUUGGCAGCUUUGAGAGGUUCACAAAGGGUUUUGGCCGUCGUGUGAUGGAGAAGCAAGGCUGGAAGGAUGGAGAAGGUUUGGGGAACAGUCAAGUCGGAAUCCCUGAAGCCCUGGAGAGUGAGGGACAGCAUCCUAGGUGCAAAAGGGGCUUUGGAUAUCAUGGAGAGAAAUUGCUCUUACAUCCUGUGAAAAGAGCCAAAAGAGAUUUCAAUAUAACUACAGUGUAUGAUAAACCAAAAGACAUUGAUAAAGGUGACACUUUGCUGAGACGCCAACCAAACACUAAUAUGAAGUACAGAGGCUGGCAGCCAGGUGGCAGCAUUGGACCACAAAGAUGACGUUCAAUAAAUCGUUAUUGUUAUCAUAAAUUAUAUAUUUUAUCUACCCGUUUGUCUACUUUUCAUAUUAAAAGAUUUCACACAAUUCA